AUGCUAGUGGAAUCAGAUGUCCGGGAGCGGGCCUAUCGGUUCGUCGCGUAUUCCGCCGUCUCCCUAUCUCUUUGUGCCAUAGUCGCUGUGUUUAUUACCUUGCCCAUGGUGAACAAUUACAUUACCAGUGUGCACAAUCGAGUGUAUCAUGAGAUGGAGUUUUGUAAGGUGAGCUGAUUUGAUUUAGCCUUAGUUUUCGUUUGAUUAAAACUCUCAAUUUCUUGAAGAUAUCGGCGAAGGAAGUGAUGAUGGAGAUGAAUCAAUACAGAUCAGCCGUCCUGCCCAAGGAUGGGCCCUCUGCUUUGCCCUUCUUCCUUCAGAAUAAUCAGACGAGGACGAAAAGACAUGCCGCGCAAUGUGAAGGUGAAUUAAAUUUAUAAUCGGGAGUCUAGACUCGGAGAAUGUUUAAGAUUUUUUAAAACCGGCUGAUCCCGAUCCGAGAAUGUGAUCGUUUUUCUGACUGUAAUUUCCUGUCGAAUCCCGUUUUUAUAUCGAAAACAAAUCCCCGAUUACUCUGUUUUUCUUAUUUUACUUUCCUUCUCAGGCUGCUGUCUGCCCGGAUUACCGGGACCAUCAGGACCACCUGGCCGAAAUGGAAUCCCCGGCCGGCCUGGCGCUCCAGGAGCACCUGGAUUCCCCGGACGACCCCCAGCGUAAGUCAUCAAUUUUGUUUAAUGUAAACCCAAUUGAUCCUUGUAAUAUUUUCUUUAUCAUUGCAGUAUCUGCGAAGCCGUAACGGAGCCCCCAUGCACCCCAUGUCCACCAGGAGAAGCUGGUCUCCCUGGCCCAGCUGGAGAGCCGGGAAAUCCAGGCCCACCAGGCCAUCCAGGACGCGCUGGAAACGACGGACCCCCAGGCCCUCAAGGACCGCCCGGCCCCAAUGGAUCUCCCGGAGAGCCCGGAAGAGACGGACCUCGAGGCGAUCCAGGACGACCAGCCAUCUCCACACCCGCCCUGCCAGGAGACCCAGGAUCCUCCGGCGAUCAAGGACCCCCAGGACUGCCCGGAGAUGCGGGAGAACCGGGACGCCCUGGAUCGGAAGGACAGCCUGGCCCACCUGGACCCCCAGGACCGUCCGGAAAUCCUGGAGCCCCAGGCAAAUCUGGAGAACCUGGCCAACAAGGACAUCCAGGCCCUCAAGGAGAACGGGGAAUCUGUCCCAAAUACUGUGCUCUGGAUGGAGGUAUCUUCUUCGAGGAUGGCACUCGACGAUAA